GAAAAAAAUCCCAUAGAGAUUGUACACGGACUAUUUGUAUAUGAGUGCACAUGGUGAACAUCGUAAUGCAUGCAGACAGGGAAAUUCGAUAUUUUAUGGUUUCCUAAAUUUGUAACUCUUGUUGGACUAACACAAUCAGAAGAGGCACAUCUGGGAGGGAUUAAUAGACAGCAACAUGACAGAAGAAAGUCCCAGAAAAAGGGCAAGGCUGUGUGAGGAUGAGGUGGAUAGUCUUUGUAAACCUGAUCUGCAGGAACACAUCAAAAAACAGGAUGAAUAUAUAGCAGAGCUGGAGGCAAGACUAGAGAUGAGUGCUGCCAGUACUAGUAACAAUGGUGAUGGAGAGGACAAGCUUCGUCAUCUCAAGGCAGCUCGCCGUGAACAGCUUCUUGUUAUGAGAUUGACCACCAAGGAACAGGAACUACAUGAACUAGCUAAUCAGCUUGCAGAUAAGAAUCAAAAUGCGAGCACAGCACAGCUUCGAGCUGCCACUGUGGAUCCUGCUCUUAAUCUCUUGAUUCAACGUCUGAAGAAAGAACUGGAGGACAAGACCACCAACCUUCAACAAGCUCAUGAGGAUAUGGCUGCUUGGAAAUUCACUCCUGACAGUCAAACUGGGAAGCGUUUGAUGGCUCGUUGUCGUACACUGAUCCAGGAGAACCAAGAGCUUGGUAAACAAGUAUCUCAGGGAAAGGUAGCCCAAGUGGAAGCAGAACUAGCUCUGCAGAAAGAAAUCAAUGAAGAACUCAAGAACAGCCAGGAUGAGAUGUACGAGAUGGUGAUCCAACUGAACGACGAAGGGGAGGGCAUGCAGAGUACCAUCGUAGCACUUCAGCAAGAACUCAAAGAGAAAAAGCUGGAAAUUGCCAGAUUGACUUAUGCUGCAGAGUCUGCCGGGAUACUCCUGACCCCCGACUCAGUAGCCGACAUGAAACAUGAACCUCAGCUUGAAGACAAUGAGGAGCAAAACAUGCAGCCGGUUAGUCCAACAAAUAUGCAAGAAAGCACAGAGGGUAAGCAUGUAGAACCUUGUAAAGAGCUUGUAGACUAUGAAGAAGAAAAGAAGGAGGUGGAGGAGGUGAUGAUGGAGGAGAAGAAGGAAGAGGAGUCAUUUGAUAAGCAGAUACCUGAUGUGAGAACUACAGAAUACAUAGAUGAAGAGACACCAAUGGAGGUGAUGUCCCCGCAUGAUCAAGGUCCGGUGGAAAAUAAGAGUUUGUCUGUGGAACCUUGGUGCAACCCAUCCCACUUCGUCGAGUCUCCUGCUAGCCCGGUUGAGGAGGACCGCCGUAGUGCAGCUGAUGAACCUGUCAUCGGUGAUGCAGAUUUCAGGACAGAGGCGCCGUCCCAGGAGACGUGCGAACCACCCAACCCUGCGGCGGAAGGCGAGGAAAUCCCUAAAUUCCAAGGAGGGAAUUCUCCCGAAGCUCCAGACUCCAAUGGUCAGUUGUUGAUUGGAGAUAGCCCUUCAGAACAGGAGCAAGUGGAAAGUACAGACUUCAGAGACCUUGUGAAGGAGGAAGAAGCGCAAGUCAGGACUCCAGUGGAGGAAUCUUCUCAGGGAAGCUUACAGAGCGAGGAUGCUCCCGAGAUUGAUGCUGUCAGUUCAAGGACGGGUGGCAGGUCAGGAACCCUGACCCCAGAAUUCAGUACGAAUGGCGAUGACAGCCAUUCUGAACCCCUUCUUUUCAUACCCCAAAAUAACGGGAAACAAUCCGAUCAUGGGAGGUUGGGGGAGAGUGAGAAUUGUGAUUAUGACGAUGAUAAAGAAUCAAACACCUUGGGUAGAGAUCAUAGUACUUUCGGGGCUGCUAUUGAGGGAGAGUUCAGCAGCAGUCUCGACGAUGAAUCCGACAAACAAUCCGAAAUUACCGACAAACAAUCUGAUAUUUCUGAUAAACAAUCCGAUGUCACUGAUAAACAGUCAGACAUCACCGAUAAGCAGUCUGACGAAACGACUAUUGAUAAUAAUAACGGGCUGUCUAACCCAGGGGACGGAAUAGAUAGUAACUUGUCUAGUCCUCAAGAAGAACAAAAUUGUGUGUCGGAUGGGGAAUUUGUAAGGACGACAGACAAUGUGAUAAACAAAUCCAUCAAUUCAGUUUCAUACAGUAACAGUCCAGAUGAAAGGACUGAUUUAGAACAGUGCGAAGAGAUCCCUUCCGCUACAAACUCUAAUCCCGAAGAGAUUUCUGUCUGAGUCAACAAUCGCACUAGUAAAUCGAGCUUAACUUCACAAACUUCAGACAGUGUAUCAUAAAAAUCUAUGUUCCCUGUUCAGCCUCAUGUUUUUUUUAUGUUUAAUGAAAGUAAUUGUAACUUGUGAUAUCUUUGGUGCACUUACAGUAUCUUCUUUUUCUAUCCUUGUCAAGAAAAUAUAAAGUCAUGUUUUCAGAGAUGCCAACCCAUGAUCCUGUAUUGAAAUGUAAGCUGACAGAUAUUUAUUCUGUAAUUCUGCAUUUGUGUCAUUGCUAAUGAUGAAUGUAAAUUGCAUGGUAAAAUAAGAUUUGUUUCACCUUAAGUUUGCAUUUUACCCUUUUUUCAAGGGGAAGUGCUUAACAUUUGUGACAAAGUGAACGCAUUUUUUUUGUUGUGGUUGAAUAGCGUCAGGUAUAGAGCCCAAAAGUCUGUAUACAUGAGAAGAGUGAAAAGUCCUGAUACAUAUUAUGCCUAUUUCUGUUGCAUCAGUGUCCUUAAUCCUUUGCUAAAUGGUGUUUACAGGGAAAAAUAAAUCAUUGAAAUUAUUCUUGCACAUUGUCAAAUUUCCAACUUGAAAACAAAUUCUUUUUUGAUAUCCAUUUAUUUCAGACUUAAAAAAGAGGAUAAAAUGCAGUAUUAGGAAAUAUUAAGUAUAUUACCAUGUUGAAAAAUGCAAAUCGGGGAAUAAAAAUCAAAGAAUUUGUCAAAUAGACUUCAAAUAACUUAUUGUCACAAAAAAAAGUGUCCAUUCAGUGUAGAUGUAUCAAUCCAUAAUUAGUGUGCACAUUGCACCACCACUAGAUAUAUUCCCAUGUUCAUGUUCUUAUGAACAAUUAUUUUUCCAUUGUAACACAGAUUCAUUUUAUAUUUUGUGGAAAGUGUUAUGAAAACAAAGGAAAGAAUAGUACCAUCAUUAUUUGGCUGAGACAAUCGGGGCAAUUUAAAAAAGAACUACAUUUUCAUCAUUAAAAAUAUCUCCAUUUUCGAAAAAAAAGUAUUGUCUUUUCAAAUAUGAAGUUCAUAAAUGUCUCUAUUCCUUGGUAUGUCUCAGGUCGAGGAGAAUAUGUCCGGUCUAAUUUUGAUAUUCUAUGCACAAUGUACUUUUCAAGUUAUGCAUAAGGUAUGGUUCUAUUCUAGGUAUUUCAAAAUCAAUUUAAUUUUGGAGAUGUUUGUUUUGAAUUUAAAUUCAAACACACCAUUUAUUUUCAAUAGCUCUCUCCCCUUCAAUCUUUUGUCUGAUGGCUCUGUUACACAAAAGGUUUGUCAUCAAUUGCUAGGUGGCCAAUGGCCAAUCAAGGUCACCGUUCCAAAUGAUGACCAGUAAAGAUACCUUAACAGAAAUGUUACAGAUGGAUGUGCAAUCAAUUGCAAACCCUUUUGUGACAGGGCCCUAGAACAUUAUGGCACCACCGGCAGAAAGAGACACACCCAGAUUGAUGUACUUGUGAAACUGGGACCAAGGAGGGGUCUUUACUCCUGAGGCAUUUAUUAUUUUCAUUUUUUGCUAGUUUUAUAUCUUGGAUUUCGUUUUUUUUUUUAUUACUUUUUUUUUUAAUAAUUGUUUUCUUGCCAUUUUGUAACCUACUCAAGAUUUGCAGGUUAGUCAUUUCUUUACAGGAUUACUCUUCAAGUUGUUGCAGAGUGGGUUUUUGAUACCCAAAGUUGAUGGCCAUCUUGGAUCUCUCCAUAACACCUCUCAGAGACCAGGGACCCAUUGCAUAACAAUUUUGCCAUAGAAAACUCUGGCAAAAAUAUUGCCUGAGUUUUUCUUUCAUGCAACAGGGCCCAGGUGGAUGUUUCAUCAAGCUGUUCAAAUGUUAUGAGGGAUUUUGCUGAUGACUAAUGACUUUUAUUGUGGUAUAUGAUAUACACCAGAUUUCUACUGUGUUGAAUUAGUUGCUAAGACGGGGUCAUCAGUCAUUUGUAAAGUCGUUUGUAACUUACGAUUAGCUUUAUGAAACAGUCGGCAUGUAACGGAACUUUAAUACAAUAUAUAAUUUGUCAUGAAAGAUAAAAAAUAUCAUGGUCUUGACUAGGCAGCCAAUAAAAAUCAAGGUUUCUUUGGUAUUGACCUUAAUCGUAAUUCUUUAUGAAAAAUAGGCCUCGGGCCUUUGGAGCAAAAAUUGAAAUUGGUGGGAAAAUCAUUUGCAUAUUUGGAUAAUUAAUAUUUUAUGCCUUUUGCAUAUUUGGAUAAUUCAUUUUUUAUGCCAUUUAUCCAUGAAUUACAAGAUGUACCUGAAGAUAUGCAUCAAUGAAAAUAAUAGUGAUAUUAUGAAUGAUUAUGAUUACUUAAAUAUUUAUGAUAAUGAUAGCAGUAAUUAUAAUACUAAAUAGAAUUAAUUAUAAUAAUCCUAAUGAAAAUUAUCAUUUAUUUCUUCUGCACACUUUUGUCACUUUUGUGUGUACUUCUUUAAAGAUAAAUUAAGAGAAGAGAUGCAUUUUUUAAUAGAUAUUUUAAAGAUAUCAACCUAGGUUGUAUCAAAGAAAUCAAGGAACUGCUUUAAAGUAUGUUAGUACAUUAAUGGGGAAAGGUUGGCAUCUCUGAAAAUUCUUAUCAUAUUUUCGUUCUGUUAUGUCAUGUAUGUCAGCUUACAUUACUUCCAGAUCUCUCCAACCAAAAUGCAUAUGUCAACUACGUUUCCUGUUUAAAAAGGUAGGGUCCAUGGAUGGAAAAACAUUUGAGAGUCCCUUAUAGAUUCUCUUGCAAUGGUACUGGAAAAGACCUGGGUCCCAAAGCACAAGGGUUUGCGAUUGAUCGUACGCUUGAUUUUUACGAUUGAUUGUACAUUGUAGUCAAUGCAAUCAGUCGUAGAAAAAUGUUUUAUGAUCAUUGCUAAGCUUUGUGUUACGGGCCCCUGGGUUUCAUAAUACAAAACUUAGCCAUUGAUCGCAGAACAGAUUUCAACAAAUGAACACAAUAUAAAUUGAACAGCAAUUGAACACAAUAUAAAAUCAAAUGUAAAAAUUAAAUCAUACAUACAGAUGUUCUUGCUUAGUGUUUUGUUUGUGGUAGCAAGUGGUGAUCAAUCACCCCUCGUGAUUAAGGAGCAUUCAGACGUGAUCUAUCACAACUGGUGAUUGAUAACGAUAUCCAUUGCAACUAGCGAUAAUGUCCAGGGGGGGGGGGAUGUCUUGCCUAAAGCCCAGUGCACACAAUGCGAUGCUAUUGCACUGAAAUAUGGUUGGAAUAAGUUGCCAGUCGUGUCUUGGUGCAAUCGCAUUGCAGGCCAGCCUGCACAUUGCAAGCGCUCUGCAACGCGCUGCAUCUACAUGGUGCCUAUGCACUGAUACAGGGCCGAUUUGAUGCAUGGUUUUUUGCCAUCUCUGAGUUGCCAUUUGUCCCAGAUUUGGGGGUACAACAUGUUCAUUUCAGAUUUUUAGACUUAAAUCAAAUGUCAACUGAAAUUUAAAAUUUGAGGUCUAACCUUGACCAAUGAUCAUUCAACUUCAGCUCUGAAGCAGUUAAACCAAUUUAGGCCAGUCAAAUAGUCAUUUUCCAAUUUACUAUUUCGAGUUGCUUGAAGAUCCAGUGCAACAACCUAAUUACGUGACCGGGGAUAGACUCGGCCAGAAGAACGACCAUGAUUUUGGCCAGUGGUUUGUUUAUGUGUUCAUUGUUGGCGUAGGAAUUGGUCAUGAUGUCAUUGUCUAGGACAAAUCUGAUUGGCUGAAAUUACCAAAAUUGCAAAAGAAUCCCUGGAAGAUUUGACAUGUCAGAUGUCUGAGAUUAGGUCUGCUAUUUUUCUGCAACAUGUCGGAUUGCAGUUGCAGAGCGUUGCAGGUUGGCGCACACAGGAUUUUGUUGCAAUCGGAUCUUAGUGCUAUUGCUUCACUUAAUGUGCGCUGGGCUUUAAUGGAUGGAUGAAUGACAUAUAUCUCAAUAGACGUCUUGCUAAAAGACAUUUAAUACUUUGGGAGUUAAACCCUGGCCCUUAUACUUUUAAAGUUUUGGGUCUCGUCUACAGCACCUUAAUUGAGAGUUCAUGUGUAAUAUUUGGUAUAGUUGAACUGGAUAAGUUAUAUGAUUAUAAAAGUGUAAGUGAUUUGAUAAUAUGUCAAUUGUUUCCCGUGGAAUGAAGGAUCACAUUGUUAACCCAAACUACACAGAGUCGUGCUUCUCUGAUCCUUUGUCAUUUUUUUUUACUUACGGACAUUGUAAUCCUGAACCUACCGAAAUUGACCUUGUUAUUUAUCGUCAGAAAUAAACAUAUUUUCCCGUUUGCAAUGCAUAUCAUUGUUGAUUAAGUCAAAAUUCAUGAAUUCAAUUCAUGAAAGCUUCUCUUGAAGAGCUAAAAUCUUAGGCAGAUGCAAUUCCUUUGAAAAUAUUCUGAAAUAAAUCCAGCGUAGCAAUCCAAAGAUAAAUUUUGAACCAAUAAUUGCAGUGUAGUACGGACAUGAUCUAUGUACAGCCUACAGGUCAUGUUUGAUAUUUGUUCAAAAUGGAACAAUAUCUAUGAUGAUGAUUUCUCAAUAUUUCCCUGAGUAAGUAAUACGACGGGUGUAUGAAAGAUACCAUAUGCAAGGUGUAUUGUGGGUAGAAUUGUAAAAGGGGCUUCGAAUUGUUCACUUUUGUGAAUCAUCAUUAAAGUUGCAUUGAAGCAACAAUGUCAAAAAAGUGACAACACUCUUGUGUAUAGA